CUGAGAGAUAUCAGGUAUUGAUGUAACUGGAGUGAAUAAGGGAACCUUCUUCCUGAGCACAGACAUUGGAGCCUGUUAUCAGCAUGAACUCAUAUGUGUUAGACAAACACGUGAAUAGUUCAUAUCCAUCCUUCACUACAGAAAGCAUCAGAAUGAUUCCACAAACUCCAGUAGUCUUAGACACCAAUGACUAUUCACAAACAUUGGGGAUAUCACAAAAGAUAUUAACAGACGAUGGUGAAUUGGCAGGAACUGUGCAGAAAUCAUUAUGUACAGAGAGUAAUUUAGUUAUCAAACAAGAAGACAACAUUUAUGCCUUAUCUAGUGAAAUGAUUAUCCCAGAAGAUAAACCACACACAUUUACUGAGUUUUCAAAAUAUAUUAAAGAAGGGAAAAGUCUACAGUCUAGCCAAAUGAUUCAAACAAAGGAGAAACCUUUCAAAUCUACAGAAUGUAAGAAAAGAUUUAGAUGGAAGUCUCAUCUACUAGAACACCACAACAUUUACACAGGUGAGAAACCACACACAUGUACUGAGUGCGGCAAAUGUUUUACACGAAAGAGUGAGCUGAAAAAUCAUGAAAGGAUUCACACAGGAGAAAAGCCGUUUACAUGUACAGAGUGUGGAAAAAGUUUUACACAAAAGGGUCAUCUGAAAAUUCAUGAAAGGAUUCACACAGGGGAAAAGCCUUUCACGUGUACAGAGUGUGGAAAAUGUUUUACACAAAUGGAUCAUCUGAAAACUCAUGAAAUGAUUCACACAGGGGAAAAGCCUUUCACAUGUACAGAGUGUGGAAAAAGUUUUACAGUAGAGAGUAAUCUGAAAGAGCAUGAAAGGAUUCACACAGGAGAAAAGCCUUUCACAUGUACAGAGUGUGGAAAAAGUUUUACAGUAGAGAGUAAUCUGAAAAAGCAUGAAAGGAUUCACACAGGAGAAAAGCCUUUCACAUGUACAGAGUGUGGUAAAUGUUUUACACGAAUUGAUUGUCUGAAAACUCAUGAAAGGAGUCACACAGGGGAAAAGCCUUUCACAUGUACAGAGUGUGGAAAAUGUUUUAAACAAAUAAGUAGUCUAAAAUAUCAUGAAAGAAGCCACACAGGAGAAAAGCCGUUCACAUGUACAGCGUGUGGAAAACGUUUUACACAAAAGAAUAAUCUGAAAAGUCAUGAAAGGAUUCACACAGGAGAAAAGCCUUUCACGUGUACAGAGUGUGGAAAAGGUUUUACACGUAUGGAAUGUCUGAAAAAUCAUGAAAGGAUUCACUCUGGAAAAAAGCCUUUCUCAUGUACAGAGUGUGAAAAAGGUUUUACACAUAAGAGUAAUCUGAAAAGUCAUGAAAGGAUUCACACAGGAAGAAAGCCUUUCACAUGUACAGAGUGUGGAAAACUUUUUGCACGAAUGGAUCAUCUGAAAACUCAUGAAAGGACUCACUCAGGAAAAAAGCCAUUCACAUGUACAGAGUGUGGAAAAGGUUUUACACAUAAGAGUAAUCUGAAAAUUCAUGAACGGAUUCACACAGGGGAAAAGCCUUUCACAUGUACAGAGUGUGGAAAAAGUUUUACAGAAAAGAGUCAUCUGGAAACUCAUGAAAGGAUUCACACAGGAGAAAAGCCUUUCACAUGUACAGAGUGUGGAAAACGUUUUACGCAUAUCAGUAAUCUGAAAACUCAUGAAAAGAGUCACAAAGGAAAAAACCUUUCACAUGUUUAGAAAGUAGAUACAAAGGUUUUUAUUGAAAUUGGGUAUAACAAAACACCAAAUAUUUACACACAAACUUUAUAUACACAGUGUACAAACCUUUUUACAAUUAUCCUAAAUAGGAUAAACUCUCUAAAUAGAAGCAUAAAAAGAGAUGUUAUUGUAAAUAAUACUUUUUAAAUCCCAGUUAUAAAAGACCCAGAUUGGAAGUGCUCUCCUGCUGUCCUUUGUUCUUCUAUAUAUGUGCACCUCAGUUUCUCUCAUAUCAAAGUGAUAGAAUACAAACACCACACAGGAAUAUACAGAUCUGUCCUUAUACUGACCAGUUUACACAACCAUUCACCACCAAAGCACCCCGGUGUUGUUUAUUAAUAUGCCAGUGUUAGGAGUUGUACGUUUGUUUUACAUAGGGGAGUAAAUAAUUAUAUUUACAGAAUAAAGAGUCUUUAUAUGAAUAGAGUGUUAGAGAAUUAUAUAAACAAGAACAUUAGUCUCAAAUGAUUGACAUCUGGGAGAUAUAUUUAUUGUGCACAUCAUGUGGAUAAACCUUUUCUUAUAGCAAUAGAAGCUUAGCAUUGUACAUGUUAUAUACCAGAGGAAUUACUGAGGGGAAACUGAUUUUAUUUCAUGAGACACAAUAUCAGUAACCGGUACAUACGUGAUCAUAAUCAGUUUAAUUUAAAUGGCUACUAUAACCUACAUGUAUACUGGGUAGGUAAUAUGUGUGUCAUGUGAUCAUAAUCAGUAUAAUUUAAAUGGCUACUAUAACCUACAUGUAUACUGGGUAGGUAAUAUGUGUGUCACGUGAUCAUAAUCAGUUUAAUUUAAAUGGCUACUAUAACCUACAUGUAUACUGGGUAUGUAAUAUGUGUGUCAUGUUCUGUAACUUGAUAUUAUGUCUGUUUUCAUGUUAGUUAGAAGCCACAAGAACUGAUAAUAGCACAUACUGUAUAUAUAAAGGGAACAUUAUAUGUCUGAUAAAUCCCUUUGUAUCAAGAGCACAAGUGUUAGGUAUAUUUAUACCAUUGUGUGCAUGAUGCAUAUAUCAUGUAAUGCUGCUUUUUACUAUAUAAUGAUAUACAAUGUUUUUUCAUGCAAAUAAAAAGUGAUUGUAAUCCA